AUGGAUAAUUGGCUUCGAAAUCUCGGAAAUCAGUCCACGAGCGUGCAAAAUUCUCUAGCCUCUCAGUGGACCAAUCCCGUCGAUAUUCUCAGCGUCUUGAUGAUAAUUGGUGGCGAUGUCGUUCAGCGCGCCUUUGCGCAGGGUACAGGAAAGCUCUACGUCCCCGUAUGCUUUUCAUUUGGCUGCGUCGCAUACGCUUUCAUGGGCUGGGUCAAUAUCAUUAGCCACGGACGCCUACUCCCGCCACCCGAUUACGAAUGCAAAGUAUUCAAUUUGGGGUCUGGCUAUGGUCGGGAGAGCAAGAGUUUUAUUGUCGGUCGCCUUUUAAGGGAUUUGGAAGCCCAUGAGACACGCCAGCUCUCAGAGUCUGAUCGCGACUACGCCAUCAAGAUUACGGUUUUCGAGGCCGUCUACAAUUCGAAUGGGUGUUCCAGGUUCUCAUGGACAAAACUUCACCUAGUUGGGCUUGGCGUUACUGCGCUUCAAAUCGGAAUAUCAAUGAUUCCCUACGGAGUGAAUCAAGAUUGGAACAUUCUUCUCAUUGUCCUCAUCGGCACAUUUCUCGUUCAAUGGGCAGGUGCGCUGCCUCAAUGGACAGCUGAAAAGUUGCCGCACCGACAGAACUCCAGAUCUAUUUACGCACUUACCGGAGGGAAUGGUUCGAGAGAUGUGAUGGUUAUCUUUGGCUACGGUAAUUGCCUCGAUCUGGAGUCACUUGCCUGUCCGCAGACGCCACAGAAUAGCCGACCGUGGGAAAAAUUCAAGCGCCGUCUCCCUUUGAGCAGCAAAGACAUUGAAUCCGCUGGCAGAAACGACACCUGGCGUAGCCAGCCACUCGCUCGCAGAUUCUGGCCUUUGGGGAAAUCUCCAUUGGGAUUCGCCAUAACGAAGAUCUCAUAUGGAUGCCUUUCAGUUCUAUGGCUUCUCCUUCUUAUCAAUGUUUCAGCCGCAAAAGCCUUUCCUGAUUCUUGGUGUCUGCUCUCCGUUGGCGGAAUUGGCAUGUUUCAGAAUGCAUGGCUUGCUUCGAAAGAGCUGUCACCACGAAUGAGAAACAUUCCUCUCCGUAAAAAGGAACAUAUUGUAGCACGAAAGGUGAUGGAUGGUAUAAUGGAUUUUCAUCGCACUUAUGAUUGUGGUGUGGCCCUCAGGGAUGAAUUCUUUCCUGGAAAGCUUAGGGAUGAUGAGGACGAUUGGUGGGCGGGGAAUUAUGCCGACUAUGACAACAAACGUGCCUUGGUUCCUUCCCGAGGACAGCCACGUUACCGAGAUGAACCUCGAAAGUACGAGAGAUAUAUCUAUCCCACCCCAAGUUCUUCGUCGACAUAG